AUGAAGCUGAAGCAUUCUGCCACCACCGUAUCUGCACAACCUCCUUCUAUCCCUCCACUUCUUUGUCGUCUACCUUCUGUACCUUUCUGUCUUCACAUCCUAACGUUCGACCUCUCCGAAGCUUAUUACUGCAACAACACGGGCAACUUCACGACAGCCAGCGACUAUGCCAAGAAUCGUGAGCUCGUCCUCUCUUCUCUGCCCAGCAACAUGGCUUCGAACGGUGGGUUCUACUCUGGGAACGUCGGGACAGGCUCAGAGAUCAUUUACGUGCUCAGUUUCUGCAGAGGUGACUCUUCGAACGACACUUGCUUCAAGUGCAUAAUCUCUGCUGCUGAAGAAUUGAUGGUCAACUGUCCGAACCAGAAAGCUGCGUACUCAUGGGGGACAGGAGAUCCUCCGUGCUUCAUUCGUUACUCUGAUGCUCCGAUGUAUGGCGUGAAGCAGACAAUUCCGACUUUAAAGCUUUAUCGCGAUGGCAACAUCCAGAUGGAUCUGGAUCAGUUCGAUCGCAUAUGGAGGAACUUGACGGAAGCGCUGGCAGUGAGGGCUUCGAUGGGGACGUGGGAACUCAAGUUUGCAGCAGGGAGCACAACGUUGCCAAAUCUGCAGACUGUGUUCGCAUUAUUGCAGUGCAGCCCUGAUUUGUCUCGGUUUGAUUGCGAUAGUUGCUUGGGGGAAUGCAUUAAUGAUUUUCAAGAAUGUUGUGACGGAAGACUAGGUGGGACUAUUGAGAAGCCGAGCUGCAUUUUCCGAUGGGACUUGUACUCAUUUCUCGAGUCCAAUACCAGCAAUUUGCCGCCGCCGAUUGCAGCCGCCACGAUCGAUCCUCCUUUCUUCCUCCUCCAAAUGCCCAAGUCAUAA